AUGCGGCGUAUUGGUCUCGAAUAUUCUAGUCAGGAUAGAGAGAACCCACAAAUGGCUCUUAAAAGCAACGAAACGCGCGCCGCAAUGAGACAGCAAUGUCGAGAGGCACUAUCGGCACAUAUCCAUAAUCGACUGGGCCUUGAUAUUGCGCCCAGCCAAGUUCGCCUCCAGCCACCAGUUGAGGAUGGAUACGCCUGGUCAGUGACGGAAUCCAAGAAAUCAUUACUGCAGUCGAGCCUCAGCAAUGGAAGCGUCGGUCUAUUUCGGGCCAUAAGUGAAGAACUGGGCCGGUCACUCGAAGCAGUUACACCGCAGACCCUGCAGGAUUCUGACUUGGAGCGGGACGAUGAUCCAGGGGAAGAAGAAGAUCUAAGAGUGCAUGAGGAAGAAGAUGGGUCAUUUACAGCAAAAAUCCGCCAACUGGAAGGCACGAACCGUGAGCUGGGGGUUGAGCUCGAUCGUACCCGGGUCCGACUAGACGACGCCCGCAGCAAGCGCGAUCGAUACCAGACAAAGACUCGUCGGCUUCAGAGUGAGCUUGAAGCCAGCUCACUCCGCACCAGUCGACUGGAGACUGAAUUGACGCGUGUCAGAGCGGGAAUCACCGAGGCGAUGAAGGCUUUGCAAAGCCACGGAAAUCAGAACAGUACCUCACCGGCGGAAGAACGCAAUGGAACUGGAUAUCAGGAGAGAUCCCGCGAAGUGGCACCGUAG